AGGGACGUUUUUAUCGGUCUCAUUGGCUUUGGCGAGGGUAUGAAAUGGCCGAGAUAUUACACAUCCAAUAAUAACGUGAACAUCGAAGGCGGCGAUAUUAAUCACAUGACGUUCAGCAAUGUACGCGAGGCCUUGAUAUCGUUCCAGGACGCGAAAGAAGACAAGAUAAGUUACAAGAAACUGAAAUAUCUGAGACAAAGAUUGGACGUUGAGCUUGGUACGUUUAAAGUGACGGAUGCGUAUGAAGCAGCAAUUAGGUAUCCGUUUAGAGCAGCCGCAGCCAAAGUCGUGGUCGGGCUUAUUAGCUUGCCCUGUGAAAAGAGUCCCUUAUCUCCAUUUUCGUUCCAAGAUUAUAGACUUUUCCUUGGACGCGACGUGUAUAAUCAAUUGGGUUUGACGUAUUAUCACGUGUCGCCCUUGAAGGACCUCGAGGUUUCGGGAAAACCACAGAAGAAUGUCAUUGGUUUUGACAAAGAGUACGCUUACACGUUUGCCGAUAGCAAGAAGAAACCACUGGAAGGUAAUGCAGAGUUGAAGAGUAAUCUCGCACUCGCUGGGGCUGAUGUUUGUGCCGUUUUUGCAGUUAACACUGGUGGUGCAGCGUUUAGCACACACAACUUUUUGGAAGCGAAACCGAAUCAACAAGCACAAUACAUCAAGGUGGCUGCUCGGAGAAUAGCCGAGAAUCUCGCCACGGUUGAGAUUGACGAAGACUGCGUAUGUGGUAUCGAAGUUGCGGAUGGUUAUGCCGUCGAGUUAAUUAGUCGUCCUCACUGUAAGGUCGUCAAUCGACAUGACAAAAGCAGGCAUAAGCCAAAGGCUUAAUUCCAAUGGAUAAUGUUGGCGUUGCUUGAUGGAAUGACAAUCGAACGACAAUUAGUUAAGUCUAAUGUAUUUUUUAAUUUACUAUAAUGACGCUAGAGUCCUUUUAUACAGACGCAACAAACGAGUCGAAGGAUCCGUUCGUUUACAACAGUCACUCUUUUUCCAUUUUACAAUUGACCGUCAUCCAACAUUUAAAUAAGCUCGACGAUAUGUAUUGUCAAAGUAUUUAAAUUCUUUAAACGUAUUACAGUUUUCUCACACGAUAUAUAAUGAAUUUUCAUUUUGUAAAUAUAAGAAAUACUCAUUCCGGAGAAAAUUUUUCUUCUUUUGCACUGGAUUAUGAAAAUGAGGGCUGUUAUAAGCGCGCGACUGCUAAUGACUGAAUUUUAUCGAAUUAUUUUUAUAUGAUUAUAAAGAAUAAGAAUAUUAUGUAACGACGCGACGAUGUAUGUCUCUUUGUAAAAAGUACGUGAUUACGUGCUACAUGUACGCGAUAUACCAUGAAUUGUGAAUAAAUAUGUAAAC